GCCAUGGGCAUCCAGGGCAUGGAGCUGUGCGCCGUGGCCGUGGUCAUCCUCCUCUUCAUCGCCGUGCUCAAGCAGUUCGGCAUCCUGGAGCCCAUCUCUGCCGAAGACAGCGGCGAUCCCGACGUGGAGCUGCCGACGGCCCGGCACCCGCCCGAGGGGCUGGAGCAGCUCCUGGCCCGCACCAAGUUCACCAAGACCGAGCUGCAGUCCCUCUACCGAGGCUUCAAGAACGAGUGUCCCAGCGGGCUCGUGGAUGAGGAGACCUUCACGCUCAUCUACUCGCGCUUCUUCCCGCGCGGCGACGCCAGCUCCUACGCGCACUUCUUGUUCGACGCCUUCGACGCGGACCGCAACGGGGCUCUGUGCUUCCAGGAUUUCGCCGUGGGGCUCUCGGUGCUGCUGCGGGGCACGGAGCAGCAGAAGCUCAGGUGGACGUUCGACCUCUACGACGUGAACAAGGACGGCUGCAUCAGCAAGGAGGACAUGCUGGAGAUCAUGAAGUCCAUCUAUGCCAUGAUGGGCCAGCCCGCCGCGGGGCACAGCGCGCCCGCUCAGCACGUGGAGCUCUUCUUCCAGAAGAUGGACAGGAACGGGGACGGCGUGGUGACCUUCGAGGAGUUCCUGGCCGCCUGCCAGGAGGUGAGGGGCUCCGGGGGGCACCAUCCUCAUCCUCCUCAUGCAGGACAGGAGGGAGAUGGCAAAAGGGAGACGAGAGAAGGGGCACACGGGGUCUGCUCUCUCCUCGCCAGGACAAGGACAUCAUGAGCUCCAUGCAGAUCUUCCACAGCGUGCUCUAGACCCUGCUCCCCCCGGAGCUUUUCUGCUGUUUCAGACGAACCAGAGGCAGGAGAAUUCCAGCAUGUGGCUCCCAGAGACGGGACAGGACAAGGACAAGGACAAGGACGGCGCUGCCACCCCAGACUGACCCAUUUUGGGGGGCUGAGCCCCCCUAGACACGGACCCCCCCGUUGGCGGUGCAGGGACUGCACAGACCCCACCCCAGGGGCUUGGGGACCCUCGAGAUGGGAGCCCGGCUGUGGGGGUGUCCACAGGGCAGCCGUGAGAUGGAGCCCCCAGACACCGACCCAAAGCACAGCCCCUGCUCCCCGGCAGCGUGGGGAGGGGGAUUUUAUAAAUAAACCAAACGGUGACGA